GGCAAGCCCCCGGCCCGGACUCCGGAGGGAUGCGGAGCGGCAGUGGCGGCGGCGGUAGCGGAGACUGUGGCUUUAAGAGCGCGCAGGGAGCGCUGGAGUCAGCCGUGCAGUCCUUCGUCGCCAGGCACUCCGGAGCAGCCGAGCCUGGCACUGGCGGGACCGGGCAGCCUGCCGCCAGGCUCUGAGAAGCAGCUGUAGACCUCUACCAGAGAGUCCUUCCUCUGAAGACGUCACCAGUGUGUGGAGCCUGCCGCACACCCACCCCCUGCCAAACCACGGCCUUUACCUGUGUCUUUCGGUGUUUCCCGUGCGACCCAUCCUGUGGGAGUGCCUCGUGGGCUGCCCCAGAGUUCGCCCCACGCUCAGCCGCACCAAUGGUGAAGAUGACAAGAUCCAAGACUUUUCAGGCAUACCUGCCCUCAUGCCACCGGACCUACAGCUGCAUUCACUGCAGGGCUCACUUGGCCAAUCACGAUGAACUCAUUUCCAAGUCGUUCCAGGGAAGUCAAGGACGAGCAUACCUCUUUAACUCAGUAGUUAACGUGGGCUGUGGGCCUGCAGAAGAGCGGGUGUUGCUAACAGGACUCCAUGCAGUUGCAGACAUUUACUGUGAAAACUGCAAAACCACUUUGGGCUGGAAAUACGAACACGCUUUUGAAAGCAGUCAGAAAUAUAAAGAAGGCAAGUACAUCAUUGAACUAGCGCACAUGAUCAAGGACAAUGGCUGGGACUGACCUGACAGCACCCCCAGGAAUGCCAUCCAACUGAACAUUCUACCCAAGCGUGAGAGAGUGACUGAACAAUUGGUUCCAUCCAUUUAGGGGCCUUGCCAUCAGGGGGCAUCCUCCCACCCUGACGCCAUCUUUUUGGGUGACUGGCCUCUAAAUCGCUGUCUCUCUGUCUCUUUGCUUUGUAUCUGUUUGUGAGUUGAUCUUGGCUUCUCUGUUCUAGUGUUGGCUGAAAACAAAAAUACAGAACAGAACAGAUCCUUGGCCGCGUGGUGGCAGUCCACCUUGGAAAGGGGCCCCCAGCCCAUAGGAGAGCUGCCUAAUGAAUGACCUCUUGUCAGAGCAGUGGUACAUGGGCAUGAGGAAGAGCAAAGACCAACCCGAGAGUCCUGGGGUUGGGGAAGGGGCAGGCAGGAGGGUAGGGGUAGAACAAGGCUGUCCUUCUCUUGGGGACCUGGCUUGAAAUAAUUGACUUUUUCAAAAAGACAAAGAGAAAAAAAAUACCUCAUGACUGUGUUCUCUCUGACAACAAACUUCUGUCCUAACAUCAAAUGUGCCAGGAUAGCAGAUUAGCACAAGAAAUGGCCCUGAUUCUAGCUGACAGGGCAAGACCCCAGCCGGCAUGCUGGGCCUGAAAUGGAGAAUGUCCUGCUAGGGUGAGGGGGGGCAUAGGUAAAGCCCCAAUGGGUUUUAGUGACCCCGAUGCCCCCCCUCCACCCCCACCCCACCUCUGGGCAAUCACCUCCUGGUCUUGGCUGUUGUAGGUGAAGGGAGAUAUGCAAAUGUCCCAUUUAACUAACACCACACUGAAAUCGGUGAUGGAGGGAAGCCAGGGAGCCCUUGUUGCCGCCUGGGAGCUCCUGAUAGCGAGCAGGAAAAGUAAAAACUGGGAACUAGUCAGCAAUUCUGUGAGAGUGAAGCAGCAGAGGAACAGCUGAGAUUUGAGCCAGCUCUGGCUCGGCACAUCUGCCCUCACCACUGUGCAUGGGGUUAGCCGAUCUCUGUGCAUAGUUUGGUUCUUUUUUUUUUUCCCCUCCAGUUCCAUCAUAACCUGGGAAACAAAGAUCCAAGAUUCCAUCCCUCAUUGCCUCUCUUGUUAGAUCUGCAUGUCUUAGGAGGAUACCUUUUGACAAUGUGGUCCAGCAGUGGCAGGAAUUAGAGAUUCCAUAAUGCCCCCUCACCCCACCCACCCACCCACCCACCCCAGCCUCCUUGCUUUAAGGAUGGGGAGGAAAAUCCCUGUAAGUCUCCUGAGAUGAAAAGGAACUCAGUGCUUUGAAUCAGCACUGAACGUUUUGCGGCAGUUCAGCUAUUAUGUGGCUCAUGGCCGAGCCUCGUUUGCAUUAAUUUCAUUUCUUAGGCAGAAAAUGAUGUUAAAAUACUCGCGUAUGAGGUAAUUCUCAACAUCAUUCUUUAAGCUGCUCCUACAGGAAAAUUCACCUCUUUUAAAAAGAGCCAAAUAAAAGAGAGUUCAUGGGGAUAAGAAUCUGUAAAAUUGAUUAACCCAGAUUACAUCAGCUGGUACAGGACGUUUUCCAAAUCUCAUCUUCAGCAGAAUCAAAUUCCCAGCAGGAGAGAGCUCUGGUGGACGUGGCUUUGUCCCCCAUGUCCUGAUCUGGGAAUGGAAGAACUGAGGCUUUACCCUGUCCUGCUAGUGGCGAUGGCAGGGUGGCAGGAAGCAGGCCAGCUCUGUUUAACAGCGGAGCGCUCCUCUUCUGGGACACAAGAGUUCCUAAAAAACGAGAUUUUGUUCUCAGGUCUCCUUGUCCAGAGCCUUGGAACACUAGCUCAAGCUCCCACCCUACCCCUCUGGACUGCAGGACCGACUGAGCCUCAGAAGGACUGAGUUGCUUCCUGAAAAACCACCCCGGGGCUCCCAGGCUCAAGUUCCCAGUGACACACAUUUUUCCACUUUGACAUUCCUAAACUGGCUUGCAGGCUCUGAAGUCAUGCCGCCCCCACCCCCCACCCCAAUCCUGCCCCAGGGAAGUAGCCUUCAUUUAAGGAUUUGAUUAUAUACACCCUUUGCUCAGGGAAUAUCCCAGCUAAUCUACAAAUCCAUUUCUUUUUUCUUUUCUUUUUCUUUUUUUUUAAUAGAGGGUGGGGUUAAACCUUGGUAGAUGUUUUUUCUUUAAAAACUAAAAUUAGUGACACGUAGAACCUGGAUAUGUGAUGCCCUGCCGUUCUCAAGGGUCAGAGAAGGAGACAGUGUGCCACUGUUUUUCCUUGGGGUGGGGUCCUUGACCAUCCUGGGUCAGCACAAGCUGCAGUAGGACCCUGGUUCUGGGUUUUUCUUGAACCGCUAUCUGUUGAGACCCAGUGGGUGUCCGGCACCACACCAUGCUUGGUGCAGAAGAUGAGUAACAUGUCAGUUUUCCCAUAACUAAUUUGGGGGUGGGACCAAAACUCAUUAGGCUUCCCUCUGUGACAGCGACACCAAAAGUGCUUCUUAUGACCUUAACUCCAUCGGUGGCUUGUCUGCCUAACACUUAGCAGUAUUAGAGAGUCCACAGCUGAGCAGUGGAGACACAGGCACUCAAGGCCUGGGUCGGUCAGUCUGUUCUUUCUUUUCCUCACCAAAUGAUUGACUCAGCAUAACCAAAGACCUCAUCCAUUCACCCCACAUGAGUUCAGGGAAUUAGAGUUGAUGGGGUGAGCUUGGGCAGGGGUGGGUGAGUAGGGAAGGGCCUGAAGUUCUGUACCUCAGCCACCAGCUGCCUUCGUUUUGAACUGAAGACUAGCUGACCAACUCAUUCCAUCUCUCCUGUGCCGCUGUGGGUGAUAGAGCCGUGGGCCCCCCCCAGAGUACAUCCACACCCCCUGCCCCCGUAUUUCCCUAGGCUGCUGAUGGGUGAAUUCGCAUGAGUCAAGUAUAGCCAAGCUUGAUGCCCACAAGCUCACAGCUGGGCCUGGCUGAGUACCACCCCAGCACCUGUGACGACAGUCAAAUCAUGUAGAUAAAGUAAAUCUUUCUGGUAGGUCAGUGUGUACAAAGGCAGUGUCCCCUUUAUAAUAGAUUUCCAAGUAUGUAUACAGUCUCUUGUGAAGUAUACUUUUGUAAAUAAUAUUUAAUUUUUUAAAUAAUAUAUUUGGUGCUGUAUUCUCAGAUCCCUGAGAGCACUUUUCAAUUCUAUGGCUUCCUCUGUGUUUCUUGAAGUACAUUUUAAGGGAAAAGUAAUCAAGAUUUUUUUUUUUUUAAAGAUCUGUCACUUUAAAAUGGAUUGAGGCUUUAAAACAUUUUUUUUUCAUUUUUUUCUGUUUGCAUUUUUCCCCAGUAGAACAGACUGUAGUAAAUUACCAGGUUGUGAACUGAUACUUUCUGGCCCAGUCUUGGCUAGAAAAGAAACAACAAGUUUUAGUAGUAACAACUUAGGAGUAAUUGCUAUAGUUGGGAGAACUUCUAAGAAAUUGGAAUCAUGUGUGAGUGAGUGAGUAUGUGUGUAGUCUGGAUUUUUCUGUUUCCUUCUCUACUGCGGACACUCUGAACUACAGUUUACACCUUGGGCACAUAGCGUUUUCCCUCCCUGGUUUCCAUGUCUGAGUGGACCAACAGCACGAAGCAGGAUUUUCCUUCCCUGAGGUGGAGCUGUGUGGCCAGUUCCUCUUCCUCUGUGCGCUGCUGCUUCUAGAACUGGCGAAGCGAACCUGUGAAGAGUCAAGUCUGUGCUUCUGAGAUGUGAGAUCAGUUACACAUCCGGGCUCUGGUGGUUCUAGAAGCCGUGUCUUAUUAAAUGUUAACUGGUUCAGGUUAAAAGGACGUUGAUAAAACAAUAGCUUUUUUUUUUUUUUUUUAAGGUCAGAUUGCUUUGGGUUCAGGCAGAGGCUGGCAAAUCAAAUUUUGAACACAACUUGUAUUUCAAAAACAAAACAAAAAACCCUGCCUCAAUGGAACAUUCUAGUUCUGUGUGUGGAAAAGAAUGAUUUUAAAAUCGUGAUUGAUUUUUAAAAUUAUCAUACAGUCAUGAAAUGUACCAGAAUAAAAGAUAAAGCCAAGAAAGAGAUUGUCUCUGCAGGGGUAGAUCUGCCCAGUGUUUUACAGUGUUCUGGUGAAGGUGGGAGUCAAUUCCCUUUCCCCAGCCUGCAGACUUAUAUACCACAGGUUUGUCUGUCAGUCUGUCUGUGUUUACAAACUGUAUCAUUGGGUUUGGAAUUGUUUUUGCGUGUUUGGUUUUCUUCAGUGGCAUAUCCCCCCCCCCCCCCCCAGUCACUUUGCUUCAACAACAAAGGUGAUUGUUUCUGAGUAAAUGGUCUUCACCUCUGUCUGGUAACUGUACAUAAUGAUUCAGUGUUAGUGAGAAGCAUUGUUUGUCAUUUCCGAUCUGUGUUGGUGCUCAUUUGAGAAAAUAAAGUUUUCAAAUAUUA